AUGCUGGUCUCGUUCACUCUGCCUCGUCGCGCCCGGCAUCCCAUUUUCCGUUGCGUCCGUCCACGAAGACUCUUCGUUGCAUCGUCUGUACAACCGCUGGCUCAUCCCCAACAAGGCAUCCUCCAUAACAGUCAUCAAGCUCCUACCCAGUUCUCGCAGACGGGGUUCAGAUCGUCGGUGACGGACGGAUUCGAUAACGAUUCUCGUCGCGAUCAUAAACCGCCAGACGAGCGGAUCCUGAAGCUUGGAAAAACUCUUCGCAUUCUCUCGCCUCUAUUACCGACUCUCCUCGUCAAUCCUUUACCGUCGAAGAUCCUCUCGCCCAGCAUCACCCUCCAUCUCUUCCCUUCGACUCAUCCACACCUCCCCACUGUCAAGGGUCGCACGCUCUAUCGCGCCGCGCUGUGGACCGUCCCCGUGGCAUGGAGCAGUCUACCCUUGGUCGGCAAUGUCAAGCUACAGAUCCUCAGCGAGCGCAUGGUUCGUUCUGGCGCUGUGCUCGAUCCAGAUCCAUGCGCCGACAAUGACUGCGGUGACGAACGACUCGUCGUGCGCUGGCGCACCGAACAUCGUCACAAACAUACAUCGACCCUCAACCAUCAAGAGCGUCGACAAGAACAACAACAAGAAGAAAAAGCACCCAGGGAUCAUACUUCUUCCAAAUCUGGCAUCAACAAAGGUCUCAGCGUCUUACUAGGCGGCGACGCCCCCAUCUUCCAACUUUCCAAGGAGGAACAGUUCACCGGCCUAUUCAUCUUCUCCUUCGACGAAGAAGGUCGCAUCCUGUCACAUACCAUAGAGCAUGCCGAUAAUGCCACGGGAUGGGACCGCACCGCCAAGUUCGUCACCUUGACCGAUUGGUUGAUCGGUAAGGCGAGAGGGUCGUUGCAUCCUGCUGCUGAGACGGGGUUGGCGAUCCAGGGGUGUCAGGAUUUUGGCCAUUUGAGUCAUUCGAGUCAUUUUCGUCCUUCUCCAUCAAGAGGGAGAUGUCGGUCGUCCUGUCGGUCAUAG